GUUCUUCCCAUGGUUCUUUUGGAUUAAGGUCCAUAAGGAGAUUUUCAGCUGAGGACAAUCAGCUGGUGAAUUAAUUGUUAAGGUGGAAAUCACAUUGGGGUACCUGCAUUACCAACUCUGUUGAGCAAGGAAGAAAGAGAUUUAGGGGACCUGUUUGCUGAGGGAAGAAGGUUUGGUUUUACCACGGAGCGUUUCAGGAACCAGGCUUUCUCUGCUCAUGGCUGCCACGACAGACUCAGCCCAUGACUGCUCCCAUGUGAUUGACCACAGCCAUGUCCCAGAGUUUGAAGUAGCCACCUGGAUCAAGAUCACCCUCAUCCUUGUCUACUCGGUCAUCUUUAUGAUGGGUAUCCUUGGGAACAGCAUCACCAUUCGGGUUACUCAAGUGCUUCAGAGGAAAGGCUACCUGCAGAAGGCGGUCGCAGACCACAUGAUAAGCUUGGCCUGCUCUGACAUCUUGGUCUUCCUCAUAGGCAUGCCAAUGGAGUUCUACAGUGUGAUCUGGAACCCUCUGACUACAACAAGCGAUAACUUGUCCUGCAAGGUGCACACUUUUCUCUUUGAGACCUGCAGCUACGCCACACUCCUCCAUGUGCUGACUCUCAGUUUUGAGCGCUAUGUGGCCAUCUGCCACCCCUUCAGGUACAAGGCAGUCUCACGGCCCUUUUGGGUAAAGCUAAUGAUCUGCUUUGUCUGGGUCACUUCUGUUCUGGUGGCUCUGCCCCUCCUUUUUGCCAUGGGCAUUGAGUACCCUCUGGUCCAGGUGCCUAACCACCGUGGCCUCCUUUGCAAUCGGCCUCGGAUACCACACCUCGAGCACCCGGAGACCUCCAACAUGUCCAUUUGCACCAGUCUCUCCAGUCGGUGGACAGUUUUCCAAUCCAGCAUCUUCAGUGCCUUUAUCAUCUACUUUGUGGUCCUGAUCUUGGUGACUUUCAUGUGCCGAAAAAUGAUGCAAAAGCUAAUGAAGAAGGGUACACUGGCAGGGAAAGGGCAACAUCAGCUGAGGAAAGCAGAGAGCGAAGAGAGCAAAACGGCCAGAAAGCAGACUAUCAUCUUUCUAGGCCUGAUUGUUGUGACUCUAGCAGUAUGCUGGAUGCCAAACCAGAUUCGAAGGCUCAUGGCUGCAGCAAAACCAAAGCAGGAUUGGACUCGCUCCUAUUUCAGGGCAUACAUGAUUCUCCUUCCCUUUGCCGACACUUUCUUUUACCUCAGUUCCGUCAUCAACCCGCUCCUAUACAACAUCUCUUCUCGGCAGUUCCGCAAGGUCUUCAGCCAAGUUCUCUGCUGUCGCUUAACUCUGGAGCACGCCAACAAAGAGAAACUGCUCAGGGCUCAUUUGAAUUCUACAACCAGCAGUGGCCAUUCUGCCCGCCCAUUGAUCUCCAUUUCAUCAUGGCGCAAUGCCUCUGCAAGGAGAACUAAGAAGGUUUGCUUAAAAACUUUUCAGAGUGAGACCAAGCCUGACUCUAAGUCUCAGCAACUGAGUCUGGAAUCACUAGAACCCAAUUCAGAAAGCAAACCAUCGGAGGUUGCUCUGGAGCCCCAUGUAGGUGCAGAGAACAAUCUGAGGGAAAAUGAAGUAUGAAUU